AUAAAUGCUGUAGAAUUGUUCAUUCGUAGAUCAUGCUUACUAACGUUGUUAACCAGUGUUAACUAAAGAACCUUAUUGUGAAGUAUUUUUAAUGGCAAUAAAUCAUUCCACGUUUUGAACCGUAGGAACAUUAAUUGCGUACAACAGGCAAAAAUACGGGGCGAUUAUUUCUUUUUAAUGCACGUGUACAUGCUUUGAUUAUUCACCAUUAGAUACUUUUCUCGUUAUUGUAGCUUGGUAUUUGUUAGAAUCUCCUGUUCUAAACUCAGAGUGAUGUCAUAAAACAAUUACGAGGUUUUUAGAACGUUGGAUGGGACUAUAAGGCGAGAAAUUCUUUUUUUUCUCUUUGUAGCGAGUAAGGAGUUGUUAUCAACAACGGUGUUUACAGUUGCUGAUAGCGUUUUAGCGUUUUUAGCGAAUAUGGGACAGCAAACUUCUCGGACACAAAAGGUGGUGGAGGAAGGAGGUUCCGAGUGUGUGCGCGAGGUCGAUCCCCGUCCACCAGUUCCACCCGGCGACCACAAGGCGGAGCUUCAUCCUCGGCCUGACGAGACGCCUGUGGCCGUCGUUGAGGGAGGAGGCGGGCAGGAGGAGAAAGGUGGCCAGAAAACAAGGAAAAAGAGGAGGUUCAAGAGGCUUGCCUCCUUUUUCCGUUGUUUCUCUCGCCGCAAAUCCACCAGAGCUCGGAAUGAGCAGGUGGAGCGAGCUGAGGUGGACCAGGACGCUAAAGCUGGACCGUCCACUGAUGGUCAGGCUUCUGUACAGGACGUUGUCUGUAUUGUGGAGGACGAUGACCACCAGAAGCCUCCUACAAGUAGUCCUGAGGUCUGCUUCAGUGCCGAGGACCAGCAGAUGAAGGACAACGAGCCUCAAGAUCAGGACAGUCCAGUCAGUCCGUCAGCAGGUGCGAGUGGAUCACACCUGCUGAGACGGCUGGACUGUAAUGAGAUCAAGAUGCUCGAGGAACACAUUUGCUGGAAAUAUGCCGUCGGCAAAAAGAUGGGCAAGGGAGGAUUCGGCCCGUCUUUGAGGGACCGGUGCAAAGACGGCCUUCAGGUGGCUAUGAAAUUUGUAGAAAAGACGGAGAACGUGCGCUACGUCAGCCUCCCUGACCAUCCCCGACCAGUACCCUUAGAGGUGGCUCUAACAGCCAUGGCAAAUCAAGGCCCGACUCAAAACAUCAUAAAGUUGCUGGACUGGCAGGACCAACUAGAGCAGUACAUCAUGGUCCUGGAGCGGCCCUCACCCUGCGUCGACAUGCACCUCUUCUGGAAGGACCACGGGAAACUCCUUAGCGAGGGGGUGGCGCGUCAUUUCAUGCGGCAGAUCGUUGAUGCCGCUGCCGCUUGCUGUUCUCGGGGGGUGUUCCACCGGGACAUCAAAAUGCCAAAUCUCCUCGUCAACACGGAGACCCUAGAGGUCAAAUUGAUUGACUUUGGGUGUGGGGACCUGCUCAAAAGCUCUUCUUACAACACCUACUCUGGGACGGUAAGGUACUGCCCUCCCGAGUACUUUGAGAAAGGCGAGUACCACGGGAAGGAGGCAACAGUGUGGUCGUUAGGCGUGCUGCUGUUCGCUAUGAUCACUGGCCUUUUCCCGGACAGCAUCGAUAUCGGCCUCAUGGACGUCGACGCCUGGUCCCAUCCGGGCAUCUCAGAUGGUGAGAAAAAUCAUUACAGGACGAGGAAGGAUAGCGGCUUUAUAAAAGAUGGAAUGAUGGACAUUGCAGGCAUCUUUCCGAGUUUACAAAGCAGGUGUGAACUGAUAAUCAGACAGUUUUCCCAACGUUUCUGCACAGAAUGUUGCCAUUUCAUUCGAGGUUGCCUGAAGAGCACCCCAGAACAGAGGGUUCAUUUAGAGGAGAUGCGGUUCCAUGACUGGUUCAAGGUACUAAGUCUAAGCUUAGCUAAAACCUUUGCCUUUUUGUAGGUUUGGUUUGAUUCUCUCAAAAUGGACAUCAGCUUCCUUUAUUAUUCCUGCUACGGCUAUAGUCUGUAGUCUAUAGUCUAUAGGCUAAAGUCAAUGCUCACACGUUCUGCGUUUCAGGUCCUCCUCUGAGUCGUGGAAAAGAGGGUCAGCCCUGCGUCUGGCGGGCUGACGUGAGUGGCCCCUCCAUCCCUCCAGCCUUUGCGUCUUGCGGGGCUGGCAAGUCUUGGUUGCGUCUGGCGCCUC